CUAGAAUGGAGGUGGAAGCAAAAAUUAAGGAGGAUAUGAAAAAACUUGGAUGCACUUGCGAGAAACAAUUAGCUCUAGCUUUUCAUCUGUAUAUUUAUUUAGUUGAUAAAAAGUUGAUGUAUGAUACCGAAUAUUGCUAUAACAAGGAUAUUGAUAAACUAUACAUUGUUGCACGAACAUCGAAACAUGACAAGUUGAACAUUUACGUGCCGGUCCCAACAGACUUCAGUAUAAACAUGGGCUAUAUAAAUCAGUUACAAGAAAAUUUGUGUACAGUAGAAACAGGGCCCGGUAUAAACUUAGCUUUUAUUGAAACUGAUUUUACAGUUGUGAUCUAUACAUUUACUAAAGGUAUUCUAGACCGACCUAGUGUUGAAAGAAUGGAUCAAAUAAAAAGAAAGCAGGAACAAAGAAAGUUUAUAAAUAGUGAAUUGAAGAAAAAAAAAGAUACUAUAGUAAAAGAUGCUUUAGAUGGAGGUGAUGUAGAUGAUUAAGUGUCUCCGUUAGAUUGAUUGUGAAUGACUUGAUAAAAAAAAACUAGUUAAUAUACUAAAAAAUAUCAUUUUAUACAUAAUAUGACAUAGUAAUCAGUCAGCCAUCAAAAGAAAACACUUCAACACCAGUAUUACAUAACAUAAGGCUGCCAAACUUGGUCCCUAACAAAAGCACAAAUCAAAAAACUUCAAACAUGUCAGAAUGCAAUGAAUAGAAGCAUGGUUGGGAAGAAACUUUUAGAUAAAUUAAAAAUAUCAACCAUAAAAAGCACACAGGAACGAAAGAUGUAUCUAUAACCAUUAAGAAACUUAAAUGCAGCAGGGCAUACAAUCAGAGGACAUGCAAAAUGGAGUAAAACAUUAAUGAAUUGGUACACAGGUCUCAUGAAAAGUAAAAUGGGUAGACCUUUCCAAAGAUGGGUGGACCAAAUAAGAACUGUGGCAGGUGGCACAUGGACUAGAACUGUGGAGCAUACGAAUUUAUGGAGGAAAUUGGAGGAGGUCUUUGCCGACAAUAGGCAAACAGACAAGGUUGUUGAGGGAGGGUUAAAUUUCAUUUUAAAUAUAAAUAUUCUAGGUUAAGUAAAUUUUAUGUUCGAAGGGGCUAAGCUAUACAAUAAAUUGCCAAAAGACAUCAAAGAAGUAAUAUCUUCAAAUCUGUUUGUUAAAAAAACAUAUUUUAAAGGAUUUUUCAAUAGGUACCUAGGAAUAUAAUGUCAUAUAAAUAUAGUAGAAUUCAGUGUAAUUCAAUAUAAUAUGAUGUAAUAUAGUAGUAGUAUGUAGUAGUUUAAUAUAAUAAUAUAGUGUAAUAUUAUUAGUAUAUUAUAACAUAACAUAUAAAUCAACUAUCUAUCUUAAAAAAAAUAAAAAGUUAGUGCAUGUGCAUCAUUGAUAUUAAAAAAUAUAUAGCUGAAAAAUAGAAAUAGUCUGUUACUGAGACACAACCUUUAUUCAACUGGUUUUGGUGCUGAACUCGUCUCGGCCCAACAACUAAAACAUACCGGCGAGUGUUAGGUGACAACUGUUAGUAGUAAGUCAGUGGUUGCCAGUGGGCACCGGCCACGGUGAGCCAGACUAUGUUCGCCCGCUGACACGAUAUCUUAACAAAUUAGAGUUAUAUUAUAUUUAUAAUAAUAUUUAGAUUUAUAAUUUUACUAACGAUAGUUAAACUAAGCUUGCCGGCAUUUACUUUUAUAAUUAAGUUAUCAAUUAAUUGUUUUCUCUAAAAGUGAAUUUGUAAAAUUCUUAUGAGAAAUAAAUUCUUUAACUGUUAA